AUGGCACUCUUCAUACCGAUGAGUCUUGUCCCUCUCUGUUUUCCAACCCCUCCUACCCCAAAGACGGAAUUCCAAACCCUACCAGCAGAAAUCAAGCUUCUCAUCAUUGACCAGCUUGAUCGUGACACCUACACACUGAGCCAUCUAGCUGCCUGCAACAGGGAGCUUUAUAACAUGGCGAUCCCUGCACUGUACGCCAAUGUGUCUUUGGGAGCUGUCCCUCAUUACCGGAUGUGGCCCGGUUUGGCAUUUCCCGCUGAUCGUCGUUCUAUCGAACGCUUUCUUAUAACAAUCCUCCGCAAGCCUCACCUUGCAGAAUUCGUGAAAUCCCUCGACGUGACCGACCUACACGACCUUUGCUUCGAGCACAGGCAGAGUAGUACUCAGAGAAGACAGCUUCUUCUUAAUCCUCUCGCUCCUCAAGACCAUCAAAUGAUUAUGGACGCCGCCAUGAAAUUACCUUUGUAUUCAACAAUCAGGGUGGCGAUGCGCAAAGCCCUUGGUUGCGAUGUACCCCGGUCAGAUGCCAUGGUAGCUGUUCUUCUGGGGUACCUGCCUGCCCUAAAGCACCUCGAAAUCGCGAUGGAGAGUGAAGAUCCGUUCCGCGAACCGCAAACCACAGAGUUGAACCUUAUUGAACGUGUUCUGAUCAGUAUCGCCGGUGCGCGCUCGGCUCAGACCGACGAAAAUGGCAUUUCAAAUGCUCUUACACCUACGCUGUCUAAGCUCACUCACCUGAAGGCCGAAGUCGACGGAAAAUCGCCCAUGGCUGACAUUGAUUGGCUCAUGAUGCUUCUUCGAAUUCCCACGUUGACCCACGUAUUCGGCACCAAAUGGUCCAACGCACAACGGUGGCUGCGACCUGUACCUGGCAGUUCCCAUCGCCUCGUUCACCUUGAACUUCGCGACUGCACUUUUGACGCCCUGAAUCUUCGAAGACUGCUCCGACAAACCCACAUCUUGGAAACCUUCAUCUACGAACGCGGGUGGACAGAGGCAAAAGAUUGGGUCGUGAAGGCUGCGGACCUCAGCCAAGCGCUUCAGUACAGGUCUCACACCCUGACCUGUCUUGAACUAUCAUUCAAUCGAACCGAUAGAAAGAUCCACGAAGAAUUGUAUCUCCAUCCUCUCAACCUAUCGGGGCUUUCUCAUCUGAAGAGACUCCGGAUUUCGGCCGGCUACCUUGUCCAGACUGAAACAAAAUCGGCACACUAUGAAGGUCGUCACUGGCGGUUACAUGACGUGGAUGGAGCAUACAACAGAAAUCUUCCUUUGCACAAGCUACUUCCAGAGUCACUUGAGGAGCUACACAUCAUUCAAAUUCUAGAUGUUCUCGAAUUCAUGCUCUUGUGUGAGAAGCUGUGCGCAAGUCUCCAGAGCAGAACAGUUCCCAUGUCUCUGGAGCCUCACCACUUCGAAUGCCUGAAAGAGAUCAAAAUCGAGGCUCCCUUUGAGGGCGAAGGUGAGUGUAUCUUUUCGGAACUCUCCAGAGUCACAAACCAGGCUGGAGUGAAGUUGACAACAAUCGAAAACUCCGCCGACUAUGUCAAGUCCUGGAUUACCGGCAAAUCGAAACCAUCAUGUGCCGACAAGAAGAUUGACUGGGGGUUUGACGGCGACGUCCGAUGGGCACACAGUCUGCCCUCGACACUCACUUCGGAGUGCACCGCUGCCUUGACUGUCGACGUCACAGUCUGUGACCCGCUGGUGAGGGACCUCCGCCUGGAUAUUUUCUACCCGCCCGCGUCACUGACGCGCAUCUGCACCACCGGCUGCUCAUCUGCCCUUGAGACAUGGCGAUCGUCGGUCCAGUCCGUGUGCGGGAACCAGACGGUCACGGUCGAUCUUGAGGUUGAGACCGCGGCUGUCUAUAUUCCCGGCGCGCUGCAGUACUACUUUCAGCAUGCCUGCCUCAAGGACGACGGGGGCCGUUUCUGCAGACCAGUCGCGGCCCUGGCAGCGGUGUUUUCGGAUCCCGGCAUCAGCCCUUUCAACUACAUCAGCAACGUCACAGGCCAGUUGCUGCCCGACGACUGCGAUACGUGCCUGGCCGAACGGCUGCGGCUGCGCGAGGGAUCGCCGUAUGACGACGGUCCCAUCGCGGCCAGGAUGUCGCUGUACAAGAGCAUGACGGCGAGUUGCGGCAUUGCGGGACGCCCCGUCGUACCAACGACCAUCGGCUACUUCACGGCAGCCCCCGCUCCGACGGCCGAGGUGUGUGAAGGCUCGACCUACACCAUCCAGGCAUCGGACGACUGCUACACCAUAUCCAGGAGCCAGGGCGUCGGCACCAACUGGCUGCUGGCCGACAACAACCUGGAAGUCUUUUGCACCAACUUCCCUGCCGCGGGCACCUCUAUCUGCAUUACCAACCAGUGCACCACUGUCACCGUGCCCGUGAAUGCGACGUGUGAGGCCGUGGCCGCGGCGGCCAACAUCACCGAGGCGCAGCUCAUUGCCUAA